AUGUUUACCAUUAACGGGCACGUGAUGGGUAUAACACUCGAAGAUGUGCUAUACCUUCUACGUUUGCCCGUUAAUGGUGAGCUUGUCCUCGUGGGAGAGAAUUCCCAUUUAAGUUACAAAAAAUUUUUCGGGGAGGACCCAAAAAAGGUCAAAAUAUCCGACUUGAACCGUAUUGUCUACAAUUCUACUGAGAAUAAGGAAAAGAGGAUGAGAGCUCUGUUGCUCAUCAUUAUUUGGCAUUUUGUCAUGCCAACUAAAAAUGGUGAUGGCAUCUACCCUAGCCUUGCCUCACUCUUAGAAAACCCCUACAACACUUCUUCAAUUCAUGCUUGGGGGGCUGCUGUUCUUGCUUUCCUUCAUGGUAGAAAAAAGAAAAAUAAGGAGGGUGGCAACUUAUGGCUAGUCUUGGCUUUUUUUCUCGUCCGGAUUCCAAAAUUAUGGACGAUCCUAGGGGUUGAGAUUACAAGGGAGGAGCUCGAGGAGCUUGCUCGAGUGGAUUAUCCAUUGAAAUGGAUAAUGACUCGUUUGGAGAAAGUAUCAAAGAAUACAAGGGUCAAUUACAAGGGGGCUCUGAGGAAUGCUCUUGAAAGCCUUGAGGAUGAGGAUAUUCAUUGGAGGCCAUACAUGACGUGGGAAUUACCCGGUGACCUCCAGUCCAAUAUCGAUUGGGUUCGACGGGUCAGUCCCAUUUUUGCCGACAACUAUGUGGUGCAUCAUGCACCACAUUUGCUUGCAAAACAAUUUGGUUUGGCAAACAACGUCAAAUAUACACUGUAUCACAUCGGAAUGAAGGAUAAUCGGGGAUCAAAAUCCCACAAUUGGACUAAAAAAUAUGAAGUUCAUAUCGCGAAGUGGAUGAACUCAUUAUUUUUGGGAGAUCCACCAGCAGUCCACAGAGAGACCACCCCCAUAGAAGAUUCCGUCCCUCAUAUCCAAGAUGAUACAGAGACCUCCCCCAGUAGAGAAGAUAUCCAGCACUCCCCCCCCUUGCAGCUCUCCCCCGGCAGCGAAGAUCCUCCCUCCUCCAGCAGAGAAGAUCCCUCCAGCAGAAUAUCAAAAGUUGCGGAUCCUCAUGCUGCCCAUCAAGAAGCUGGUCCUGACCCUCCAGAAUCAUUUGAGCCAAUAACAGGUCUCCGUACCCCCUUGCAGCCCGAUCUCCCCUCAUCCUCCUUGCAGCCCCUCCCAGUAGUUCCAUCUCAAGACGCUUCAGAAAUCAAGUCCACAAAGCACAAGUCACUGUCCGCUCGGUGGAGGUGGAGGUGGGGGAGAGUGUACGCUGGUGCCCGAACUCCGGCGAACAUCCCAUUGAUUCCACAUGUCGUCCCAUUGAUUCUACUUCUCAAAUUGUUUAGACUCCCAACGGGUCCAACGGUCGUCCCAUUGUUUCCACUGCUCAGCUUGUCGAGACUCCCAUUGCUUCAAAUGUUGAAUGUGUCGUGCCCAUCGCUCAUUACUGCGCGUGAUGUAGUUAACCAUCAUGGUAUUGUUCUCCGUCCAUUUCCUUUCAUUAUGCUCAACGAUGGUAUCGAGCCUCUUGUUGUGCUCCUCCCAACGCUUAUCAUUAUUCUCAAUGAAGGUAUCGAACCAAGCGGGGGCUUGUUGACAUCGCGCGUCCGGACCGCCCGCGCCAUCAGCUGGAGGGAGAUUAUGUUUUGGGACGUGGAAAACAUAUUCUUCUCUAUGUUAUAA